AAAAAUUUAUUUUUAUUAAACAAAAAAAAUUUUAUCUCAAGCAUAUAAUUAAGAAUUAAAAAAAUGAAUUUCUUUUACACUUAACGUUUUCGCGUUCAUUCAAAUCAAAAUAUAAUAUUUUCAAUUUUUAAUCCCAAACAUCGGCAUUAAAAAAUGAAAAUUUAAUGUUUAAUCGCACCAUCGGAAUUAAUAAAAAAUUGAAAAUAUAAUUUUUAAUCCUAACAUCAGGAUUAAAAUAUAAAAUUUUAAUAUUUAUUCCGAAAUUCGCAACCCUGGUAAUGUUGGUAAUGGUUGUGUACCGUUAAAAAGUCUGUUAAUCAGGGGUGUUGUGGAAUCCAAGCCAGAUUUGCAUAGUUGUCAGCAUUACAGACAAAUUCUGAUUUUCAAUGGUGUCACAGAAUCUGAUAGGAUUUUCGUCUUUUCGAACAUAUGCAAAACCAAUAUUCGAAUCAUCUGUUUACUAUUGUGACAAAACUUGCAAAUGGAUAAAUUUGGAGGUGUUUGAUAAAUUUGAAAUACCGAAUAAAGUCUACUAAAGUUUACAAUGAGGUCCGCUAUUAUAGCUUUUAAUUUAUUGGAAGAAAAAAAUAACGAACAAAUUAAAGGGAAGAUUUUAAAAGAUCAAAGUAAUCCUCUUGAUGCACUAGGGGAGUCGCAUGGGAAUUUUGGCUUGCAUUUACUUGUAUGCUUGUAUACAUGUUUACUUUAUAGAUUUAUAUAACAUUUAUCGACUGAAUAAAGACGCAUUUAGGUGUUAAAUAACGUUUUGUAAAUCCUCUUAACAUAUCUGGAUUUUGUUGCAUAAACUCAUUAAUUAUGACAUUUUGUGUUUUAUUCUUAUGCUUUUCCCUAUAGAAAUAACGAUAAAUUAAAUCGUAACAAUAAUACAAAUUAUUUUCUUAACUUACACUUCAAGUCUGUCAACGAAUACCCUUUUGCUUUGUUUCUGAUAACAAAACCGAUAAAAUUGGUUUCCGUGACAUCCAAAACCGAUAAAAUUUCUGUUUCGAACGUCAAACCAAUUAUAUCUGAAUUCAUGACACCUACUAUUUACAUAUUCUUAUCGGUUUCAAUUCUGAUUCCGACAGCUAUCAGAUUCUGCAACACCCGUGUAUAUGUGUUAUAAGAUAAAUAUAAAAGUGUAUGCAAGUUAUAUAGAAGUAAAUCCUAAAAAAAGGCCUUUGCUAUUGCAAAUAUUUCAAUGGGGUAGGGCUGGGGUCAGUUCCGGUUACGUAGGCCCAACUGUCGUGGGAACGGUUUAAGAGGGGCAUGUAAAGAGGUGGUAAGUGUCAUGCGGGAAUCCCUUGCAUGCAAAACAAAGAUUCAGUAUGUCGGGCUCGAUUUUGGAUAAGUAGGAGUCUAACCUACUCUAGUAUAUAGAACUAAGUUUUGAGAGAUUCACAGUUGAAGAUAGUUCCAUUCUAAUUUUUCGCGCCAUAGCAAUAGUUUUUGGUAUUUACCAUGGUACUUGAAAAAUAAAUUCUUAUUCCUCCUAUACCAUAAGUCUUCUAUACUAUAAUCGGAGAAAAAAUACCGGUCGAAUUUUAUUAGAUCUUAUCUAAGAUGUUCACAAAAAAGUGAAAACCUCAAGUUGAAUCCUAACAGUGCCAUCAUUUCUGUUCACAAAACUACUUAUUGUCAGGAAGAUUAUGUUUCAAAUUACUGUAACUUAUUAAUAGUCAAUGUUUUUAUACAAAAGUCAAGAUACAAAUUGCUCUCAGAAUAUCUCAAAAACAUAUAGUUUUCAAACAAAUAAUUUUUGUUUUUUAUUUCUCUUCUACAAUAUCUUAAGUUAGACUUUAUUUAUUUUACUGUAAUUUUAUUUCAGUUUAUAUAUUAAUACAUAACAUUUUCAAAUAUUUUUUAAGUUCAUUUUGUAUUAGAAAAAUAAAUGUUUGAAUAAUACAAUUUAUUGUAAUGUAGUUUGUAUUGAUUACAUAUACAUAUGUAUGUAUGUUUAUGUAUGAUUUGUCAAAUCUGUUCUGAGAAAUACUCUGUUAUAACCAGAGACCGUAUUUAUUAUAAGUUUUAUAUUAAAAAUCACGUAAUAAUGGUUAUACAUUGAGUUUUACGAUUUUCUUCACCGAUAUUGAUUAAUUUAACUUUAUCAUAAAUAAUUAAUAUUUUUGAGCAAAAAAAAAAAAAUAAAAAAUGAAAAUUACCAAUAAUCAUUAUUUUUGAGCAAAAAAAAUAAAAAUAAUCAAAAAAUUUGUGAUUUUUAUAAUAUUUUUAUUAUAUUAUUUUUUUUGCUGAAAAGAAAAACUCAAUUUUGAUCACAGGUUUCUUACGGAGUCUUCUGCUAACUUCGUUGCAUAUCCUUUUAGAACAAAAGUAUAUCUUCCUUUUCUUUAUUUUGUUAAUAACACAAUAAUUGAUGAACUCGUUGCAGCUGUAUUUGCUGACAGAAAUUAUUUUUUGAAUAACUUUCAUGUUUUCGAUCCAAGCUCAAUAAUUAUGCUUUAUAUUAUUUUUUAUAAUUUUUGCAGGGGCGUUGCAAUACAGUAACAUAAAUUUUAUCCCCCCAUGCAACAAAGUUAGCCAAAACUUUUAUAAGAAACCUGUGAUCUAAAAAUGAGUUAUUUUGACUAAAAAAUUGUAUUCUAUCAAUUUGUGAUUUUUUUUUUUUUUUUUUGCUCAAAAAUAAUAAUUAUUUAUGAUUUAAUGUAAAUUUAAUUAAAAUUAAUCACUAUUGUUGAAGAAAAUCAUAAUAAAUUGAAAUAAAAACAUCAUCAUGGAAAUGCUAAGAUUGUCGAAAAAGUAUUAAUCUGGUUAUCGUUAUCUAUUUUUGCCGAUUUUUUUUGUCGAUUCUCAGUGCUUGAUUUUUCAUUUAAAAAUCGCAACAAUAAUAUUUAUGCUCCCUGAUUAUAAUAAUAGUAAAUACUCUAUAACAGUUAUGCCGAUUAAUUGAUUGAUUGACUAAUAGUUUAUGAUGAUUGAAAGGAAGUUUGUAUAUGGUAUAUGAUUUACUGUUUAAUCAUUGUUUUGACAGCUCCCUCUCCUUUGUACUACUAUGUAUUUUUCCAGAAACUUUUUUUUUGUAAUUACAUUUCGACAUAGAGGCUGUUAUUGUGGUAAAAUUCAUAGUUUUUGAUAAUUCCUUUGAUGCAAUAUUUAUACAUAUUUUUAAAGAAAAAUUGUAUUUAAAUUCCUUUAAACAUUCCUUUUAUUUUCAAAUACAUAUAUACAGAUUUUCCAACUGCGCGCUAUUGUUGCUCACUCACUUUUGUUGUUUAGCCUGCAUUUUUUGCGCUGCGUGCAUUAACCCCAAAAAAUGGAGCUUUUCAUGUUACGUAUACCACAUAGUGGCCACAAGUGGGGAAAAGAAAGGAAGCGAGUAAAAAAAAAAAAGAAAUUAAAUGUGCAUUUGCUUGCUAAGUACGCAUAUCCAUGCAUACCAUAUGUGUAUGUAUAUUUGUAUAUACCGCAUACAUCUCUUUGUAUACGUAUAUAUGGUACUACAGGGAAUGUGUAUGCAUUAUGCCCGAGAAAAAAUUGCAUAUCAAAUUGAAUUAUAUAAAUUUAUUUGUUGCAUUCUAUUUAAUUUCAUUUUCGCUGUGGACUCGUCAGUUUGCCAACAGAAAAGAGAUAACUUUGUUGGAUUGUGGAGAAUUCAGCAAAAAAAAAAAAAAAAAAAAAAUUUAAAGAAGAUUAAAAUGCAAAAAGGGAAACAGUGAAAGAGUCCUUUUAAAUAAGAAAAAUGUCAGUUAAAUCAAUGAAAAAUAUUAUGAACCGAAGUGAAGAGAGAGAAAUAAUAUCUGCAAAGAGCAAACUGUUUUACGGGGAAAUUUAACAGAAGGACGAGGGCAAUUUACUAACAAUUAUAAAAAAAUGUUAUUUCGGCUGCACCGAUAAUACCCUUCACAGGGGUAUUUUUUAUAUCAUAAAAGGGUAUAAAAAGAUCUUUAUCUUAAUUUUGAUCGGUCAAUUUGAAUCGUAGCUAUGUAUAUACAUAUAUGCUAUAGUGGCCCGAUCUGAACAAUAUGUUCGAAAAUUUAAUCGAUUCUUUUGAUAAUAAUACUAGUUUAUAGUUUUGCGGUUGCUAAAAUCGAAAAUGAUAGUAAAAAUUUACUAACAUGUAAAAUUUUUUGGGGUGUAGGGGUUGAACAACCAACAUAUAAAUGACAAAUGACCAAAAAACCUCAAAUAACACCACAGAUUUGUUGAAUAGUGUAAUCUCGUGAAGAUACCUUGUCAAAUAAAAAAGUUUUCCAAACAAGAACUUGAUUUUGAUCGAUACAUUUACAAUGGUAACUAAAUGCUAUAGUGGUCCAAUCUGAAUAAUUUGCUCGGAGGUUGUACCGCUAUUUUGAACAAUAGUCCAUUCAAAAUUGUUUAAUAAAAAAUUUGUCAAUACAAGAAAUUGAUUUUGAUCGAUUAGUUGUCCGAUACCAGCGGUUUCGACAAUUGAGGGAUCACUUGGUGAGAAAUUUACGUGUACAAAAAAUCAAAUCUAUAACUCAAUAAUUGAGGUACUGGCUCGCGUAUAUACAGACGGAUGUACCCUAUACAUGUUGUUGUAAUACCCUGUACAUGGUAUAAUUCGGCUCGAUAGCACGGUAAUGACCUACCGUCUUACAAUAUGACAUAAGGUAGACAGAUAUUCGAAAUAUUUAAAAUUAAAAUUCUUUACCGCCCAAUCAUAAUCCUUUCUAACUUUAUUAUAUUCCUUUCUAACUUUAUUAAAUUCUCUUAUAUGAAUUUUGACCACCUACAAUGAUAAUUGUUUCAAUUUUCAUACUCGCUAUACUUUUGAGUAAAUUUCAUCAUUGGGUUUGUUGGGUUCUCCUGUUAUUUUGAACGAAUGGCAGCAGCAGUCAAAUCUAUUAUAUUUUUUAUUUUUUCUACUUUACAAUGCUUGUGUGCAGCCUUAUUCCUCUUAACAAGCUCGCGAAACGACGAAUUGUCAAAGGUUGACUGCAUUAACCGCUCUCAACUCGAACGACCGACCAACCGACCGCCUGUCUGCAGCACAGCUGCUGCAAAAGCACCUUUAACUCUCCAAACGGCCACGUUAAGUUUGUUUGAGUUUGCUGGAGCCGAAAGUAAUAGAAUAUAACCAUGUCUAUAACAUUGAUGAAGCCUAUAGUAACACGAUGAUGAUGCGGAUAAUGGUGAUCAACAUUAUUAUGGCAUUGUUAUUGAUGCUGUUGCCGCAUUGAGCCGACUGCAAAGCAGAAAUUGUAAAACGGGAAGCAAUCACGCAGCAACGUUUAAAUAAAGCACAGGUGGUAAAGGGAGUCGUCACCAUGCCAUGGCAGGUUGGAUGCUCUAAAACCGUUUUCGGCUGCAACAAAAAUAAAGCAAAAUACGCUGAAAAUUCGCCCAAAAGUGCAGCGAGAGCAUAAAAAUGAGAGAGCAAAGUCGCAUAGGUGGAUGUUUAAGAUGCUCAUGAGGACAAUACAAAGCCAAGGUAUGCUGGCUGUGGUUGGAGAAGUUGACAUUGUUCAUUGUUGCUGUACACAGUACACACUACAUUAGUAUUAAAUGGAGACUUCGUUGCUACUGCUGCUUGCUAAUACUGUUGUUCCUGUGCUUAAAAAUAUAGAAUAGUUGUUGGUAGUUACUUAAGGUGGUGUAGGAAACGUAAACGACACGAAAUCAUGACGACGGCGACCUGCGAUGACUCCCGACCGACAAUAUGACGACGACAAGAGCAAAACGAACAUCAGACACGACAUUCGCGAACUUGCUAGAGAAGCUGAGCUGUGUAUGCGUGUGCCUGUGGAGAAGUGGAAAUGGAGCUUGCUGGCUGCACGCUGCGCAGCCUUUUCAACGGUCGACAGCGCACGCACACAACUACAAUGAUUACAAAGGCUGUGCUUUUAAUACAGCUUUGCCUGCUAUACCUAUGAUGCUGGCUGGAUUGCUGUUUUGCAGCGCUGGCUGGACCCCAAUAGUGAGACAGCGGCUGCUGCUGCUGCUACUGCUGCUGUCUGCUUAUAUGACUGCCUUUACCUUUUUGCCUGAUGUGCCUGGCUAGCGAUUCAGUCGAUUGGUUGGUUGGCUGGUUAGUUCCUUGCUCGUUUGCUCGUACGUCUGCUCAGUCGCCUAUUCGUGCGGUCGCCGACUCUCGACAGUGUGACGGUAAGCGAAGAUGAUGAUGCGGAACGCAAUUUUCGCUUUGCGGCAGUUGGCGGUUUUGCAGUUUAACUUUGGCACUUGCUCGUUACGAAAGGAAUCGGUAUCAUCUUAAAUUUCCAAUUUUUUUUUUAACAUUAGCAAAUUUUGCUUGCUGCUUGCUUAUCUCCUUGGCCUGUUGGCUGGAUUUUCAAAACCGAUGUGCUAGUGUAGUUUGGCGUUUUGCACGCGUGGUGCCUGCUUUCAUACAAUACUACUGACUGAUGAGACUUGAGCGUGAUUAAAACAAGAAAAAAAAAACGAAAUUUUGUGGUGUAGAUACCUACCAACAACAACAGUAGAUGAAAUACAAAAUGGUACACUUUUCGGUGUUAAGUUUAGUUUUUUUUUCGCUUCGUAAUGUCGAAGUUGUACCGUUGCGUGGAUUGACUUUGUGGUCGGAAAGAAAUUAUAAGACUUGAACAAAACCACACGAUUAAUACAGCUUAUACAUAAACUGCAAUUAUAGUAAAUUGUGUGGAAAAACGACAAGAUUAGCUGGGAAAGUUAAUAACGGUACACAAUAUUUGCGUAAAAACAAAUAAUUUUUAACAAAAUGGAGCAAAGCCGGUGGUUAUUUAAUUGGCAGCCGAAGCAUCAUUCCAAACUGAUAGCCACAACCAUACAACGUAGAACGACGACAGCAUCGGCGGUGACAGUGACGCUGACGGCGCAUGCAGACGACAUGCCGUUGUCGACAAUUAUGCAGCAACAACCAUAAGGCGUAUUACGAACGUUAGUCAUAGGCCAGCAAAAUACCAAAGAAGGCAACGGCACGGCACGGCAGAAGAAAAAGUUUCAAAGCCAAACAAGCCAACAUACCUUGAUAAGUAUUAGAAGCGUUAAGCGUAAUUUGGUGAAAGGCAAGGAAGACGACAACGCCGCACACAACCCGCUAACAUGUCCGCUUCACUAAUGCCUUUGUCUGAGUCGCAAAAAGUGGAUGGCAAUGGAGAUGGUGGCGCUCGCGAGUUCGUCGAAGGUUGGACACUUGCGCAAACACUUGGCGAGGGUGCCUACGGCGAAGUAAAAUUGUUGAUUAAUCGUCAAACCGGCGAAGCUGUUGCCAUGAAAAUGGUUGAUCUGAAAAAGCAUCCGGAUGCUAUGCUCUCCGUACGCAAAGAAGUUUGCAUACAAAAAUUGCUACAAGAUAAACACAUUCUGCGCUAUUUUGGCAAGCGUUCGCACGAUGAUGUCGAGUAUUUGUUUUUGGAGUAUGCAGCCGGCGGUGAAUUAUUUGACAGAAUUGAACCCGAUGUCGGCAUGGCACAACAUGAAGCGCAAAGAUAUUUCCUGCAGCUGCUUUCCGGCGUACAAUAUUUGCAUCAACAUGGCAUAGCGCAUCGUGAUUUGAAGCCGGAAAACCUUUUGCUAGACGAACAUGAUAAUAUAAAAAUAUCGGAUUUCGGCAUGGCGACAAUGUUUAGAUACAAAGGCAAAGAACGCUUGCUGGACACCCGCUGCGGCACUUUACCAUAUGUAGCGCCCGAAGUACUUGUAAAACCCUACCACGCACAACCCGCCGAUAUCUGGUCCUGCGGCAUUAUACUGGUCACAAUGCUGGCUGGUGAACUGGCCUGGGAUCAGCCAUCCACCAAUUGUCAAGAGUUCAAAAACUGGACUGACAAUGAACGCUGGUCAACACAGACGCCUUGGAGCAAAUUGGACACAUUGGCAAUAUCGUUGCUGCGCAAAGUUUUGGCCACAAAUCCUACAUACCGACUGUCACUAGAGAAAAUACUCGACCACAAAUGGUGUAACAUGCAAUUCAAUGAGAAUGAACAUUCACACGAUCUCGUUGACUCGGCAGCUGCGCUCGAUAUACACUCACCGAAAGCAAAACGUUCACGACAGCAUUCGAGCAAACAUCGUCUCACCAAUCAUUUCGUCGAUGACACGAUAUCGCGUAAUUACUGCUCACAACCGAUGCCCACGAUACCGUUAGAUUUGACAGACGGUGGCAGCGCAGCCGAUGGUGCCAAUAACAAUCCCGCCGCCGCACAGGAGGCGCGCAUCAAUUUCUGUUUCUCACAACCUGCCCUACUGGACGAUUUGCUGGUUUGCACGCAAAUGAAUCAAACACAAUCGGCAUCGCAGAAUGUCUUCCAUCGUUUGGUGCGUCGUAUGACGCGCUUCUUUGUCACAACACGUUGGGAUGACACCGUAAAACGUUUGGUCGCGACCAUCGAUCGUUUGGGUUUCGCUUGCAAAGUGGGCGAUGGUGGUGUGGUCACCAUAUCAACGAUUGAUCGCCGAAAACUGCGUUUGGUUUUCAAGGCGUACAUUAUUGAGAUGGAUGGCAAAAUUCUGGUCGAUUUCCGUUUGUCCAAAGGUUGUGGUUUAGAGUUUAAGCGUCGCUUUAUUAAAAUCAAAGAAUCACUAGAAGACAUUGUGUUGCGUGGACCGACAACGUGGCCCAUAGCGAUAGCGACAAAUGCUGUGCCUUAAAAAGUAUACGUUUUAUAUGUUCGAAGGCGUUUUGAAGUUGUACAAUGACUGGCAGUUACAAUGCAAUUGCCAAAUAUAUAUUUUUUACACUAUCUAAUUAAUCCAAAGUAAAUUUCCUACAGAAAUGUAUACAAAGAAAAUAUGUAUUCUCUAAUUUAGUGUUAUCAACUAUUCAUAUGUCUUUUUGCAUUAUUAUUGUUUUGGUAUUCAUAUAUUCUCAUUGAAUUUCACAUAUAGUUUUAGUAAUUGACUUAGUUUCUUUUUUGGCUGUAUUAAUUUAUUAGAAAACACAAAUCAGACGAAUGUUAAUAUACAGAUUUUAUGGAAAUCUUAGUUAAAUAUAAAAAAGACUGCUGAAAUAACAGCAAAUGGAAAGUUAAAUAAAAAUGUUUUUAUUUGUUUUU